UUUGACCGACCGACUUGUAUCCCACAAGCAAGCAAGUUUGUGAGAGAUCGAGCGCGAGAACUACGCGGAAACCACGUCUGCCGUGUUUUCGAAGUGAUAUUGUGUACAGUGCGUUAUCUUGAUGGUGAUUGUUACUGAUCGAGGAUCGACAGUUUGCCGCAGCAAACUACACCGUUGAAAAGGCUCUCGUGAAGGGCAGUGCAGCAUGAGCUGGACGCUGCCGGGCCGACAGCUUGCAGCGACCGUCAGCAGCAGACUCGGCAGCAGACUCGGCAGCAGCAGCAGCAGCAGCAGCAGCAGCGGUCUCAGCGAGCCUCGGGGAGAAUGACGCAGAGGGAGGAUGCACUCAAGUUCGAGCAGAACCGCAUCAAGUCCCUCCAGGAGGAGCGGCUGCUCAUCCAGAAGAAGACCUUCACCAAAUGGAUCAACUCGUUCCUGGCCAAGGCGCGCAUGGAGCUGGACGACCUGUUCGCCGACCUGGCCGACGGCAAGCGGCUGCUCAAGCUGCUCGAGAUCAUCUCGGGCGAGCGCCUGGCCAAGCCCAACAACGGCCGCAUGCGCGUGCACAAGAUCGAGAACGUGAACAAGUCGCUGGCCUUCCUGCACACCAAGGUGCGUCUGGAGAGUAUCGGCGCCGAAGACAUAGUCGACGGCAAUCCUCGGCUCAUACUCGGAUUGAUAUGGACCAUCAUUUUACGCUUUCAAAUCCAAGAGAUCGAGAUCGAUGUCGACGAGGAGAACGAGAGCAGCGAGAAAAAGUCCGCCAAGGACGCGCUGCUGCUCUGGUGCCAGAGGAAGACCAAUGGUUAUCCCAGCGUUAACAUUCAGGAUUUCACUGUAUCAUGGAGAAGUGGUUUGGGUUUCAAUGCGCUGAUCCACGCGCAUCGGCCGGACUUGGUCAAUUGGUCGGACCUGCAACAGAGCAAGCCCAUCGACACGCUCAACUAUGCGUUUGACGUGGCCAACUCUGAGCUUGGCAUUCCUCGGCUUCUUGACGCCGAGGACGUCGAUACUGCACGACCCGACGAGAAAUCUAUCAUGACUUAUGUUGCUUCUUAUUAUCAUACAUUCGCCAGGAUGAAGAACGAAAUCAAGAGUGGCAAAAGAAUCGCGAAUAUCGUGGGCCAAAUGAUGGACGCAGACAAGAUGAAGGUGCACUACGGCAAGCUGUGCGCAGAGCUGCUGGAAUGGAUUAAACUUAAAAUCGGCGUGCUGGAGGACCGUAAUUUCCCCAACUCGCUGGAGGGCAUUCAACGUGAGCUGCUGGCAUUCAAGCAGUAUCGCACUAUCGAGAAGCCACCCAAGUAUAAGGAGCGCUCGGAGAUCGAGGCGCUAUACUUCCACAUCAAUACUCGGCUCAAGUCGCUCAACCAGCCGGCCUUCGUACCCCAAGAGGGCCAGCUGGUCAACGACAUCGAGCGCAAAUGGCAGGAGCUGGAGCGCGCCGAGCACAGGCGAGAAGUCGCGCUGAGGAGCGAGUUGCUCCGCCAAGAGAGGCUAGAGCAACUUAAUUACAAGUUCGAGAGGAAGAGCGUGCUGCGGGAAGGUUAUCUGAAGGAAAUGAUCCAGGUGCUGUCGGACCCGCGUUACGGUAGUAACCUCGCCCAAGUAGACGCCACGGUGAAGAAACACGAGGCCAUCAGUGCCGACAUCCUCGCGCGCGAGGAGCGCUUCCACGACCUGACCAACAUGUCCGAGGAGCUCGUGCGCGAGAACUACCACGGUCUCGAGCGCGUGCAGGCCCGUGAACGCCAAGUGCUACAGCGCUGGCGCGAGCUGUUGGGACUGUUGGACAAGCACAAGGCCAACCUCACGGCACUGUGCUCGCUUAUGAGUCUCAUGCGAGAGAUCGAGACCACGCUGGAUACCGUACAAGAGCUGCAGCUCUGUUUCCAGAGUACGGAAGUCGGGCCGCACUUGCUCGGCGUGGAGGAUCUUCUGCAAAGACACAGCCUACAGGAGCUCCAGGUAACGGCCCUGGGCGAGAGUCAGAGAAGGCUGGCUCGACAGGCGGCCCAGGUCCAGACACAAGUCGCCGCUCAGGCUCAGCAGUCGCAGUCUGCUCAGGGCACGCCGCUGCUCGGCAAGGAGGCUGCUCUGCUGGAGGCCAAGCUGGACCAGCUCAACAAAGCUUAUGGACAGUUGGGUGAAUACAGCAAAGAGCGCAAAGCCAGACUGGAGGAUGCACGAAACUUUUUCCAAUUCCUACAGGACCACGAAGAUGAGGAGUCGUGGUUGAUCGAAAGACAGAGGAUUUGCAGGGCCGGCAUAAUUGCCAAGGACUUGAGAGCGCUGAUAUCUCUGCAACAGAAGCACAAGGCACUCGAGGACGAGGCGAAGACACGUAGACCAAAAUCCGACCAGUUGGUUCAGGUCGGCAGGCGAUUGGUCGCCGAAAAUCACCCGUCAGCGCCGGAAAUCGAGAACAGGCUCGAAUCACUGCAAGAACAUUGGAGAGUACUUGAGGAGUUGCUUGCUCUGAGAAAGAAACAACUCGAGGAGGCUAGCGAAGCUCUACAGUUUUGCGCGGACGCCAACGAAGCGGACUCAUGGAUGAAAGAGAAAAUGUCUCUUGUGACCUCAGAAGACUACGGUGUUGAUGAGCCGUCGGCUCAAGCUUUACUGCAACGCCACAAAGACCUUGAGGGCGAGCUUAAUGCUUACCGCGGAGACCUGCAGUCGCUCAACACCCAAGCCGAGAAGCUGCAGCGCGCGGGAGUCUCGGCUCUGCAAAUCGACCAAACUCAGAACGAGGAACAGGCCGAACCUCUGGCUGAGCUUGAACAAGACGAGUGGACACAAGAAGUGCGUCUUGUGCCGCAAGAUGAGUGGGUCGACGAGGUGGUCGAGCGCGUGGAGCCGCGCGUUGUCGUAGAGGAGAGACUGGUGCCCCAAGUCAGAAGCUUGUAUCCAUUCAACGGCCAAGGAAUGUCUAUGGCAAAGGGCGAGAUAAUGCUACUGCUGAGCAAGACCAACCCGGACUGGUGGAGUGUGAGGAAAGCCGACGGCACGGAUGGCUAUGUGCCGGCCUCCUACGUCCGCCAAGUCGAGAACAAGGUGGUGCAAGUGCAAGUACGCAAGCCCGAAAGAGUGAGAGUGACGCAGCGAGUGAAGAAGACGCGAAUGGUCAGACAAGUGGUACCCGUGCGUCGAGUCAAGUCCACGCGUUCGGCGGUCAAGCCGCACAAGAAACCAGCAACCGGCAAUGCCGAGAACCUGGAGAAGCGCAUGAAAAAAAUCAACGACACUUACGCACAACUACAAAAGUUGGCCAAGCGUCGCCAUGCUCUCCUCGAGGACGCCAUACGUCUGUACGGUUUUUACCGCGAGUGCGACGACUUUGAAAAGUGGAUCAAAGACAGGGAAAAAAUGCUUAAGGCCGAUGAUUCGCGCGAUAACGUCGAGACUGCCAAGAGGAAAUACGAGAAAUUCCUUACAGAUCUCUCGGCCUCGGGUAAGCGCGUCGAAGCUAUCGAUACCGCGGUCGAGGAUUUCGUUAAGCAAGGCCACGGUCAGUUGGACAAAGUCAAGGCUAGGCAGAAGCACAUUCAUCAGCUGUGGGACCAUCUGAACUGGCUCAAGGCACAGAAAGAGAAGAGCCUCGAAGGAGCGUCCAGUGUUGAGUUGUUCAACAGGACCUGCGACGAAGCGCAUGAUUGGAUGUUGGAAAAGAUCACGCAGUUGGAUACGGCGGAGAUUGGGCCAGAUCUAAAAACUGUACAAGCUUUGCAGAGAAGACAUCAACAUCUUGAGCGGGAAUUGGCACCCGUCGAGGAGAAGGUUCGAAAGGUAAACCUCCUUGCCAAUAGCGUUAAAAGUACUUAUCCCAAUGAGUUGAAUAAUGUCAAUAAAAGGCAAGGUGAGAUACGCGAUUUAUGGCAUAAAGUGCAAAGUAAAGCUAUAGAGCGCCGUUCGAGACUAGAAGAUGCCGUAGGGCAGCAAAUCUUUAUGAACAGUUCAAAGAAUUUGAUCAAUUGGGCAAACGACACGCACGAGACGAUGGAAGUUGAAGAACCGGUAAGAGAUAUUGCAACCGCCGAGAAACUCAAGAAACAACACGCGGAACUUGGCGAUGAAAUUCGAACUAAAGAGGAUGAGUUCCGUGAAGUCGAAGCUCUUGGUAAUAAGCUUCUUGAAAGAAAUCCAGUGCUGAACGAAGUAAAGGAACGUCACGACAAAUUAAAAGGGCUUUACGAUUCGGUUACAUCAACUUGGUUAGCUAAGCAAGCAUGGCUAGAACAAUGUCUCGAAUUACAGCAGUUUAAUCGCGAAGCCGACCAGAUUGACGCCACAACUAGCUCGCAUGCGACGUUCUUGGAGUUCGCUGAUCUCGGUGAGUCACUUGAUGAUGUUGAAGCUUUGCUGAAACAACACGAGAAAUUCGAGAACACGCUGCAAGCGCAAGACGACAGGCUCAAAAUAUUCAGCGAUAUUGCGGAUAAGCUCAUAGCUCAGGAUCACUAUGACAAGAACAACAUCAACGACAAACGUAAUCAAGUACUUGCACGACGAGCAGCCGUUAAAGAUGCAGCUCAACAACGUCGAGCUGCUCUCAAAGCAUCUGAGUAUUAUCAACAAUUUUGCGCCGAAGUGGAUGAUCUUAGAGAUUGGCUGACUGACAAAAUGAAAACUGCCUCGGAUGAAACUUACAGAGAUUUGAAUAAUCUGGAGCGCAAACUACAAAAACACGAGGCAUUUGAAAGAGAACUCAGAGCUAACGAGGGCCAAUUGAGGGCUGUCAACAAAGCAGGAAAAGCUCUCAUCUCUGAAGAGAAUUAUAGAUCUGAAGACGUUGGAAAAAUCUUACAAGACUUGAACGAACAAUGGGACCAACUAGUCAUGUUGUCGUUGGAGAAAGGUAGAAGAUUACGUCAAGCGUCAGCGCAACAUGGUUACAAUCGCAUUAUUGAAGAUGCUCGACAAGAUUUGGAAGAGAUUGAAAACUCGCUGGCGAGCAAGCAAGUUGGCAAAGAUUUGCGAAGUUGCAAAGACCUUUUAAAGAAACACCAAAUACUCGAGACAAAGUUGAUGCAGUGGGAGCAUAAAGUUGACGAUCUUGUAACAAUGGGACAAGAAAUGGCUCAUGAAGGCCAUUUUGAUGCCCCUAAUAUUUUAAAAACUAGUCAAGAAACGCAAAAGAAAUUCCAGAGUCUUAAGGAACCAGCAAAACGACGGAGAGAAGCUCUGGAAGAGAGUUUGCGGUUCCACAAGUUUGGUUUCGAACUAGAUGCAGAGUUGCAGUGGAUCAGUGACCAUUUACCACAGGCAUCGUCAACUAUGAUGGGUCAAAAUCUGCAUCAAACACAGUCGCUACAUAAAAAACACAAAAAGUUUGAAGCCGAAAUUGCAGGACACGAACCAAUGAUUAUGAAAGCACUUGCAUCCGGCCAAGGUCUCAUUGACCAAGCUCACCCAGAAAGAAAGAAGAUUCAAGAGCUGUGCGAUACGUUGAAGGACGCUUGGGAUCAUCUGCGCGAAAAGGCAGCAGAACGAAGCCACGCACUUGAUUUGUCAUUGCGAGCACAAGAAUUCUUCUUCGAAGCUGGCGAAGUGGAGAGCUGGCUUGUCGAAAAGAACGAUGUGCUCAACUCGACUGAUUACGGCCGCGAUCGUGAUGCGGCCACAAAGCUGCUCACGAAACAUAAGGCACUGGAGCUCGAAUUAGACACUUACAAUGGGAUUGUGACGGAGAUGGGCAACACUGCGUCUACAAUGAUAAAUGCCAAGCACCCAGAUAGUAAGGCCAUUGCUAACAAGCAGCAAGCGAUAGCCCAACAGGUCCGAUCACUUCAGCGUCUCGCGGUACUCAGGCAGCAGCGCCUCAUGGAGAGCAUGUAUCGACACGAGUACUUUCUUGAGAGUCGCGAGCUCGAGCAAUGGAUUAAGGAACAGGAGCAGACGGCUGCAUCCGAAGACUACGGACAAGACUACGAACACCUGUUGCUACUUCAGCAAAAGUUCAAUGAUUUCAAGCAUAGAAUCGACGCUGGCUCCGAGAGAUUUAACCAAUGCCAAGUGCUAGCGAAGAAACUAGUUGCCAACGAAAGCCCGUACAUCCAGGAUAUCGAAAAACGUCAAGAACAGCUUGGCAAUGACGAAGACGAUCCGGUACUCGAGGUGGCUCGAUUGCAUGCGUCGAUCUGCGAUUCUUGGAAACAUCUAUUGAAACUUGUACGAAAUCGCGAACAGCGUCUGCAGGCUGCGGGUGAAAUCCAUCGCUUUCAUCGAGAUGUAGCAGAGGCAUUAUCACGUAUCCAGGAAAAAAAGGCUGCACUGCCGGAAGAUUUAGGUAGAGACUUGAACUCGGUACUAGCAUUAAUAAGAAGACACGAGGGCUUCGAAAAUGAUUUGGUGGCAUUAGAAGCUCAAUUGCAAGUUUUGGUCGAAGAUUCGGCUAGACUGCAGGCGCUUUAUCCAGGCAACAAUGCUGCACAUAUAGACCAGCAACAGAAAAUUGUACUCGCUAACUGGGAGGAGUUAAAAGAAAGAUCAGCGCAUCGUCGAGAUCAGUUGCAGGCCAGUUGUGAUCUUCAAAGAUUUUUAACUCAGGUACGAGACUUAGCAAACUGGUCAGCUGGCUUGUGUGCGACAAUGUCAACCCAGGAUAAUGUACGCGAUGCUGCAAGUGCACAACUAUUGAAAGCAGAGCACGAUGCUCUGAAAGGUGAAAUAGAAGCCAGAGAAGAUACUUUUAGUUCAGUGCUCGAUCUCGGUGAAGCAAUGGUACAAACUGGACAUUAUGCCGCGAGUGAAGUCGAAGAGAAAUGUAGCCAACUGCUGGACGAGCGGCAAAGACUCCAUACGGCAUGGCAGCAAAAGAAAGUCCAUCUUGAUCAGUUAAUUGACCUUCACUUUUUCUUGCGAGAUGCGAAACAGCUGGAUAAUCUAUCAACCAUCCAAGAAGCUGCUCUUAGCCAUGACAACUUUGGAGUGUCGGUUGAAGAAGUGGACGCGCAAGUGAAAAAACAUAACGAGUUUGAAAAAUUACUUCUCACUCAAGAGGAUAAGCUUAGCGCUCUUCAAGAGCACGGCGGUAAACUUUUAUCACAAAAUCACUUUGAAUCGCGUCUGAUAGCCCAACGAUUGGAAGAAGUAACUCAAAGACGAGCGCGUAUUCGCGAUUUGUGUAAUAUAAGAAGAGCAAAAUUGGAUGCUAGUCUAUUACAUGCCCAAUUCGUAAGAGAUGUUGGAGAAGCAGAGUCGUGGAUUGGUGAGAAGCAAAAGAAAUUGGAAACUGAAGCCUCUAAGGGACAAGUUUCCAGUCUCGAAGAUAAAAUAAAAAAGUUGCAAAAGCAUCAAGCUUUUCAAGCUGAAUUGGCAGCUAACCAAAGCCGAAUUGAAGAAAUUAAAGUUAAAGGUGAGAUGUUGCUGAAACAAAGACAUCCUGCAAGCUCUGAAAUCCGUCAGCAAUUGGAACAACUACUGUUAUCUUGGAGGAAAUUAUUAUUAGAAUCGGAGAAUCGUGGUAGAGGUUUGGAAGAAGCUCAAGAUAUACUAGACUUUAACAAUCAAGUCGAGAAAAUUGAAGCAUGGAUUCGCGAUAAAGAGAUGAUGGUACAAGCUGGAGAUGUCGGUAAAGAUUAUGAGCAUUGUCUAAGUUUGCAACGAAAAUUGGACGAUGUUGACAGCGACAUGCGCGUUGAUGAUGCCAGAAUUAAAACUAUUAAUGCUCUUGCGGACAAACUUAUCAAGCAGGAAAAAGACGAAGAAACUAGAGCGAUUCAACAGCGUCGUGAUAGUUUUAACAUGAAGUGGCGAGCUCUGCAAGGGGCUCUAGGUGCAUACAGAGAAACUUUGGCGGGAGCUUUAGAAAUUCAUUUGUUCAAUCGAGACAUCGAUGACACAAAUCAAAGAAUAUUAGAAAAAUCUUUGUCAAUGAAUACCAGCGAUAUUGGUAAAGACUUGGCAGCCGUUGAGCAUUUGCAAAGGAAACAAGAAGCCAUAGAAAGAGAUAUGACAGCAAUCGAAGGAAAAUUAAGGGAACAUCAAGCGGAAGCAUGCGAGCUAUCGCAAAAGUACCCGGAAAAAGCAACUCAAAUAAAUGGAAUUCUCAACGAAUUUGAGGUGAACUGGAGCGAGCUGCAGCGUUUGACCAGCGAACGACGAGCAGCACUCAGUCAAGCUUAUACGCUACACAAGUUCCGUGCUGAAUUACGUGAAUUGGAAACCUGGGUAGUCGACACAAUAAAACGCAUGAAAGAAGUCGAGCCGCCUACAACUAUUUUAGAAGCGGAAGCACUUCUCGAGUUGCACCAAGAAAGGAAAGCCGAGAUCGACGGUAGACAGGAUACGUUUAAGACUCUCGGUGAACAUGGUCGUAAGCUGAUACCUUUGGGAGAAGACGUACAAGAAAGUUUGGAUCAUUUAGAGAAAUUGCAAAGAGAUUUGAAUGACGCUUGGCACUCGGGAAAACAGAAACUCAAGCAGGCGCAUCAAUUACAGCUAUUUAAGGAACAGGCUAAUCAAGCUGACAGCUGGCUCGCAACAAAAGAAGCCUUCUUAAAUAACGAUGAUCUUGGAGAAUCAUUGUCCGGUGUCAAAAAACUAAUGCGCAAGCAUGAAGACUUUGAAAAAAUGUUGAUUCCACAGCUUAGUCGCAUCGAAGAGCUUGAGAAAUUUGCAAAAGUCAUUCUUUCCGAAGGGCACUCAGACGCAGCCAUAAUAGAGUCAAGAUUAGAUGCAGUAUGUGCUAGGAGAGACAAGCUCAAAAACAGCGCCAAAGCCAGGCAUGACAAACUCGUUGAAAGUCAACGGCUACAUCAGUUCUUAAGAAAUGUCUUGGAAGUUGAAAGUUGGCUACACGAGAAGCAACAGGUAGCAAACGACGAAAAUUACAGGGAUUCUACCAAUCUACAGAGCAAGAUUCAAAAACAUGCGGCAUUCGAGAGUGAGUUGGCUGCUAAUAAAGGAAGAGUUUCUGCGGUCACAGUGGAAGGUGAAACACUCGUUCAAGAAGAUCAUUUUGCAUCGAAGGAAAUUCAGCAACGAUUAGAUGAACUCGAAGCCGAAUGGGAACUUUUACAGGAAACGAGUAAAUUGAAGAAAACUCGCCUUGAUGACGCAUAUCAAGCACUUUUGUUCAGCCGAACUCUCGACGAAUUUGAAACUUGGAUCGAUGACAUUGAAACACAAUUGCAAUCCGAAGACCACGGCAAGGAUUUGUCUAGCGUUGCUAAUCUUCUAAAGAGACAUACUAAUUUGGAAAACGACGUGAUGAGCCAUAACGAAGCUUGCGAAUCAGUCAAAGAGACGACUGCUAAUUUCCAACGAGCCAAUCAUUUCAUGAGCGAGGAGAUUGCCGAAAGAGCUACUGCCAUUAUAAACCGCUAUCACGGCUUGCAAGAACCAAUACAAAUAAGGCGGGACAAUCUGGAAGAUGCCAAACUUUUACAUCAAUUUGCUCGAGAUGUUGAAGACGAAUUACACUGGCUGUCGGAAAAGGAAGUUUUGGCGAGUAGUAAAGAUUUGGGCAAUUCGCUAACAACAGUGCAGCGUCUACAAAAGAAACAUCACGCUCUUGAGGCGGAGCUGAUAUCUCGGGAGCCAGUUGUAUCAUCUCUGGCGAGUCGAGCCACCGCUAUGGUGAGAAGCGGGCAUUUUGCGUCAGAGAAAAUUGAUGCCCUGUCUUGCGACUUGCAAGACAAGUUGAUGCAUCUGAGAGAUGUCGCGAGUAUCCGAAAAUUGAGGCUGCUUGACGCAGUCGAAUCACAGAUGUUUUAUGCCGAAGCUGCCGAGGCCGAACAGUGGAUCAAAGAAAAACAGCCUCUGCUGACGUCAACGGAUUACGGCAAAGACGAGGAUUCCGUUCAGUCACUGUUCAAGAAACUUGAAGGCGUUGAGCGCGACCUGUAUGGCUUUACGAGUAUCGUUGAGAAUUUGAAGAAAUUGUCAAAAGGACUUGUCGAAAGGCAUCACUUUGAUAGUAAAAAUAUCGCUUAUAAACAAUCGGAAAUUGAGCAGAAAUUUCACGAGCUGCAAAAAUUGAAAGACAAGAGAUCGCAACGGUUACUCGAAAGUGAAAAAUAUCACCGAUUUGUGCAGCAAGCCGAUCAAGUGAUAGAAUGGAUCAGCGAUCAGACCACGGUCGCCGCAUCGGAAGACUAUGGCGCGGACGUGGAGCACGUCGAACUUUUAAUUCAAAUGUUCGAUAACUUCAUGUCGAGUUUGAUGAGCAGCGAGAAUCGGAUGACUGGUAUCAUCGAUGCCGGCCAAAAGCUCAUCGAGGAGAAGAAUCCAGAGUCCAGCAAGAUUCAUAGCAAGAUUGAUGAGACAAAGCAGCAAUGGGAGGACUUGAAAGAGCUCGCUCAUGCGCGGCAAGAGGCCCUUGCCGGCGCCAAGCAGGUUCACAUGUUCGACCGCACGGCUGACGAGACAAUAUCUUGGAUUCAGGAAAAAGAAGCCAGCCUGGGUGCUGACCACGAAUACUCACAUGACUUGGAGACCAUCCAGGCUUUGGUGAGGAAACACCAGGGACUGGACACAGAUUUGGGUGCAGUCAAGGAACAAGUUGAGUGGGUAAUGGAGGAAGCCUCAAGACUCGCUGCGCUUUUCCCCGACGCCACUGAGCACAUUGCUGUCAAGCACGAGCAAGUGGACGAGGCUUGGAGUGACCUUCUGGAGAAGGCCGCGCAGCGCAAAAGCAAAUUAGUGCAAGCCGAACAGCUGCAGGCUUACUUCGACGAGUACCGAGAUCUGGUGUCGUGGAUCAAUGAGAUGGUAGCCAAGGUUACAGCUCCGGAGCUGGCGCGCGACGUACCGGGCGCCGAGGCUCUCAUCUCCCGGCACAACGAAUAUCGUGCCGAGAUAGACACCCACGAUGACGCUUUCGGCAAGUUUUAUAAGACUGGCCAGACGCUUGUGCAGCAGGGCCACUUCCUUGCCAAAGACAUCCAAGAGCGAGUCUCGGUUCUGCGCCAAAGAAAGCAAGUGCUCGAGGAGACCUGGGAGCAGCGGCGGAUCAUUUACGAGCAAAAUUUAGAUACGCAAGUGUUCAAGCGGGACGCCGAGACGCUAGAGAAUUGGUUAAUGAGCAGGGAGCCGAUGCUCAAAGAUGAGCAGCUGGGCGAGUCUAUACCUCAAGUCGAGGAGCUUAUUAUGAAGCAUCAAGACUUUGAAAAGACCAUCGAGGCGCAGGAGGACAAGUUCAAUGCCAUCAAGCGAAUCACUAUGCUGGAACAGGCUUUCCAGAAGCAGCUCGAGUCAGAAAUGGCUGCUCGACAGGCGGAAAAGGAGCGCAUCGAGAGGGCCAGGAUCGAGGAGCGCAAGCGCAAGGAAGUUCAAAGAAUCACCGAGGAACGCAAGCGUGAAGAAGAGAGACGAAGGUACGUCGACAGCCCGCGUCACGUGCCUCGUGACGGCAUCAACGGCAGUUACGACGACCAUGAGGUUUUCAACAAUUCGGCUUCUUCGGCUAAAAGUUCAAUCAACGACUCACCUCAAGCUCCACCGACUAGUAGCAAAUCUUAUAGCGGCUUAUCUCACAUGUUGACUGAUAGACUUCGCAAAUCUUCUGCAGCUGACAUCAAACGAGCCGAAAGUAUGAAAGUCGAUACAAAGAAACCAAAGAGAACACCAAGCUUUACAACGAGAAGAAGAACGCAAAGCUUCAGAAAACAUCAAAGAAUAGAAAACGUUGAUGCUCUGCCUCCAGUUGAGAUUCAAGGUGUACUCGAGAGAAAGCACGAGCUUCAGAGCGGCGGAAAAAAGGCAGCUGUUCGCUCUUGGAAGCCUUACUACACAGUGUUGUGCGGCCAGUUACUGUGCUUCUUUAAAGAUAUAGAUGAUUUCCAGUCGAGUAAAGCAGCAACUGCACCAAUUAACAUUUUCAACGGAACGUGCGAAAAAGCUGAAGAUUACACGAAACGUAAAAACGUUUUCCGUCUCAAAUGCACAGAUGGCUCAGAGUUCUUGUUUUUAUCGAACAACAAGCAAGAAAUGGAAGACUGGGUAAACAAGAUUGCAUUCCACGCUAAAUUGCCUCCGAGAUUGCAACUCUUGAGCUACGAUGACUCUCAAAAGAGCGAGUUUGAAAAUAUCCGUAAUUUAUCACCGGAGCAUCCAGACGAGGCUUUGUCUACAGGUAGUAGUCAUGCGUCCACUCCCGAAAUGGAACGUAAGAACUCGGUAAUUCGGCGUGACGUGCCGCCAAAUCCUAACAAGACUCAAGCGGAAUUCCAGCAACAUCCACACCAUCAACAGCAACCACUACCGAGCAAAAAGCGAUCCGAUCCUAAUAGGAAUAUAGAGAUGGCAAGGUCGCCUCCCGAUACGCAACCGCAAAAGGAAUUUUUGCAAAUGUACAUGCAGCAACAGCAACAUCAACAUCAACAUCAACAUCAACAUCAACAUCAACAGCACCAGCACCAUCACCAUUCAAUAAAUCAGCAGCUUACGAGACAGCAAGAGCACCAGUAUAUGAUACAUCCAAGUGAGAAGCCGCCUAUACCUCCGAGGGGAGCUCCACCACCAGUUCCUGCAAGGUCACCAAGCUUCGACAAUACUGUACCACUCCGUCGUAAUGAUAAUGAACAGUACGGGCCACAAGCGAGGCCGCAAUCGUAUCAACCUUCUAGCGGAAACGUAAACUUGAAUGGUACGUCUAGUCAAUAUGCCGGUAAUGAUGGUAAUUGGCUCAGACAGCCUAAUAUCGAUCAUAAUUCCCACAUUCAACAAGGUAUACGCAUUGCCAAAAUAGUGCCUCCACUGCCAACGACUGCCCCGCCUCCGCAAAGUAAAAUGACGCACUGGAAUAAUCCCAACGAUAAUGCGUACGGCAACUUACCGGUAAAUACGAGACAGAUGACGGGACAUCCAAUGACUACAUUUACUGCUGGCAGACCAGCAUCCUUACCCCCUUAUGUUGCGCCACCAACGGCAUCUUCCCCGACAAGCCCUUCAGGUAUCUCAGUUGUUGACGGAACCGGCAGACGCGCAUCGGAAAGUGGGUCGGAAAGCGAACACAGCUUCGUCAGCACAAGAAAAGAUCGCGAUUAUAAAAAGUCAUCUGUAUUAAGCAAUUUGUUUGGUAGGCGCAAAAAACCGUCGCAGUAGCAAUAAUCAAAUAAUGUUUUGUAUUACUUUUCAUCAUACUUUGAGCUUAUGAGAUGGGAACAAAAUCCUAAAAUUGUUUAUGUACUCGUAUUUCAUAAAUUAUUUUUAAUAUUUCUUUCGGCAUUUAUUGAACGCCAUUAAACAUAAUGACAUCAAUCCUGUGUAUAAUUAUCAAAACAUUUUUUAAUGAGUAUUUUUUGUUGUUAUGGCAUAGUUGAGUGUUUACUAUAGGGUAUUGUUAUAAUAGAAAAUCAUUGCAGGAGAUUUCAAUUCAAGCGAAUCUUGAAUCAAACUUUGUUACAUGAAUAUGAUCAAACUUGUAGAACUCUCGGGUAAGCCAUUAAAAUAUCAAUAAUCAAUUUUUUAAUCAAAAACUUGUCAACAAAUGAGUAAGUGAAUGUAAACCAACAUGCACUGGCUUGAAUGUACCUGACCAUGUAAUGCAAAUGAAAUCAAGAUUUCCAACUCGACUCUAGCGUAAGAGAUUUCUAUGUUUAUUUUGUAGAUGAUUUAAUAUAUGUUUUGAAAUGUUGCGAAAUAUUGUAUAUUCACAGCUACUAUUCGGGAUCAAUAUUACUUGUAAUGAGAAGUAUGUUGUAUGAAAUCAAAUUUAUAUAAUAUAGUUUUGGAUUAUAAAAAACUAAUCUUUCUUAAGUAUCACCUAUGUGAAUUAAUCAUGUGUAAUAUGUACAUUUUUUAAAUAAUUAAGUAUUUAAUCGUGCUAUGUUCUACUAAUGCAUUAUAAGACUUAUAAAAAAAUCUAAUUAAUGAAGGUGUUAAUUAUAAUCAAUUAGUCCAA